AUGGAUUUCGACAAGUAUAUCAAUCCCGGACGGGACUACUAUGUUGCCUUGGGUCUUGAAGGCUCUGCAAAUAAACUUGCCGUGGGCAUCAUUCGGCAUCCUAUCGGUGCACCUUCGCCCACAAACCGUGGCACGGUGCUCUCCAACAUUCGCGAUACUUACAUUUCACCGCCCGGUGAAGGGUUUCUUCCACGAGAUACCGCUCGACACCACCGGAAUUGGAUCACACGUUUAAUCAAACGCGCAAUGAAUGAGGCAAAAGUCUCUUCAGCAGACCUCGACUGUAUCUGUUUCACCAAGGGCCCUGGUAUGGGCGCACCACUACACACCGUGUCGCUCGUGGCACGAGCAAUUAGCGUCAUGUGGGAUGUUCCACUUGUGGGUGUUAACCACUGCAUCGGUCAUAUUGAGAUGGGUCGUGAGAUUACAAAUGCAGACAACCCAGUUGUUCUUUAUGUUUCCGGUGGUAAUACCCAGGUGAUUGCAUACUCGCACCAGCGGUACCGAAUUUUUGGCGAGACACUUGAUAUUGCGAUUGGCAACUGUCUUGACCGAUUUGCACGAACACUACGAAUUUCAAAUGACCCGAGUCCUGGAUACAACAUUGAGCAGCUUGCCAAGCGUGGAUCGAAUUUGAUUCCAUUACCCUACACUGUUAAGGGCAUGGAUCUGUCCAUGUCAGGGAUUUUGGCCAACAUUGACGAGUUGGCCAAAGCCAUGAAGGCAAAAACAGGUAAAGCAGCUGAGUAUACCCCUGAAGACCUUUGUUUCUCGCUUCAAGAAACGCUCUUUGCCAUGCUGGUUGAGGUUACGGAGCGCGCCAUGGCUCAUGUUGGCAGUAAAGAGGUGCUUAUUGUAGGUGGUGUAGGAUGCAAUGAACGUUUGCAAGAAAUGAUGGGAAUUAUGGCUAAUGAGCGUGGAGGAAGUGUUUUUGCUACAGAUGAGCGUUUCUGUAUCGAUAAUGGACUCAUGAUUGCCCAGGCCGGUCUGCUGGCAUACCGUAGAGGGGCCCGUACAUCUUUGGAAGAAUCCACAACUACUCAACGUUUCAGAACAGAUGAAGUUUUAGUGAACUGGAGAGAUUGA